GAAUAACGUUACUUUUGACCAAGAGAGGGCGUACUGUUUGUAAGCAUGGCGGACACGGGGGAAAAAUUGAGCAAGAAAUCAUAAUAACGCACACAGCCUGCUGAUUUUGCCUGCCUUCUCUAUCGCGGCAGUCCACCAGUCAUUCCUAAUGUUUCCAAGGGCCGUUCAGAUUGGAAGGGUAGGGUGUAGGCUCUUAGGGGGAUCCCACACAGUGCAACUCUUUCCUAAACCUAUGAAUGCAACCCUCACCAGGACUGUGUCAUCACAAACUGAUAAUCCGAGUGAACUGAAGAGGAGGGAGAAAGCUGCCAAGAAGGCCAAGGAGAAGGAGGAGAAGGCACAGGCUCUAGUCGAGAAACAAGCCUCAGCAGGGCAAACAUCUAAGAAGAAGGCUGAAGAUGAAGAAACGCUUGAUCCUAGAGAAUACUUCAAGAUCCGUUCCCAGGCAGUGGAAGCGCUGAAGGCUGCAGGAGAUCACCCAUAUCCUCACAAGUAUCAUGUCUCUAUCUCGCUCACCGAGUUCAUCGAGAGGUUUGACUACCUCAAGUCGGAGGAGAUUGCAGAAGAAGUUCUCACUCUAUCGGGACGUGUCCAUGCUAAGAGGGCGUCUGGAGCUAAACUCAUCUUUUAUGACCUCAGAGGGGAAGGGGUCAAACUACAGGUCAUGUCAAAUGCAAGGUAUUUUGCUACGGAGGAUGAAUUUUUCAGAUUAAAUGAAAAGAUCAGGAGAGGUGACAUCAUCGGUGUCAAAGGAAGACCAGGGAGGACAAAGAAAGGAGAAUUGAGUAUACUACCAUCAGAGAUCACUCUACUCUCACCAUGCCUUCACAUGCUUCCACAUUUACAUUAUGGCCUCACGAAUAAGGAGACCCGCUUCAGGCAGAGGUAUCUGGACCUGAUCAUGAACGACUAUGUCAGGGAUAAGUUUAUAACCCGUUCAAAGAUUGUUUCCUACAUACGACGAUUCUUCGAUCAGCUUGGCUUCCUCGAGGUGGAAACACCAAUGAUGAACAUGAUAGCUGGAGGAGCCACAGCUAAGCCAUUUAUCACCCAUCAUAAUGACCUCAACAUGGACCUUUUUAUGAGGGUUGCGCCUGAACUCUACCUAAAGAUGCUUGUCGUUGGUGGUCUACAAAGGGUCUAUGAGAUUGGCAGGCAGUUCCGCAAUGAGGGGAUCGACCUUACUCAUAAUCCAGAAUUCACAACGCUGGAAUUCUACAUGGCUUACGCAGACUACAAUGAUCUCAUAGAUAUAGCAGAAAAACUUCUCUCAGGUAUGGUCAAGUUUGUGACUGGGUCUACUAAGGUAACUUUCCAUCCAGAUGGCCCAGAGGGAGAGGCCCUAGAGAUUGACUUCACCCCUCCCUUCAGGAGAAUAUCAAUGAUAGAUGAGCUGGAGAAAGUACUGAAAGUGAAGUUCCCCCCUCUGGAAAACUUUGGCAGUGAUGAGACGAACAAGUUCCUAGAUGAUCUUUGUCGGAAGAAUGAAGUUGACUGCACACCGCCCAGGACUACAGCAAGGUUACUGGAUAAGCUUGUUGGAGAGUACAUAGAAACCCAGUGUAUCAGUCCAACAUUCAUCAUGAACCAUCCUGAAAUCAUGAGCCCUCUUUCCAAAUGGCAUCGAUCAAUUCCAGGACUCACAGAACGCUUUGAAUUGUUUGUUGCUCGUAAAGAGAUUGUCAAUGCCUAUACAGAGUUGAAUGAUCCCAUGGUACAGAGAGAACGCUUUGCAACCCAAGCCAAGGACCAUGCCGCUGGAGAUGAUGAGGCUCAGCUGAUUGAUGAAAACUUCUGUACAGCUCUGGAAUACGGCCUUCCUCCAACUGGUGGAUUUGGUUUGGGCGUAGAUCGUCUCGCCAUGUUCCUUACAGAUUCCAACAAUAUAAAGGAGAUUCUGUUCUUCCCUGCAAUGAAGCCAGAGGAUGGCAAACCUGUAGAUGGUCAACCUGAAGAGGGCGCUGCAGAUGCUCCAAACAAGUCAAGUUAAUGAUUAGCAAUCUAAUAUGGCAUUGCAAAAAGCUUGCAAUCAAUUGCAUGGAACAUCAAUGAUAAGUCUUGCAAUUGAUUGCUGGGCCCUCUCUUACAAUCGUAACUAUGGAAAUCCAUAAGUGUCAUAAUUUUUCUACAGGAAAUUUGCAAAAUGUCCUUUGUAAACAAAGGAGAACACACCAAAUUGUCAAGAAAUCAAUGAAUUUAUGGAUAUACAUUCAUAUCCAGAAAUUUUUUUGAGCAAACAUGCAUUUUAUAUUUUGACUUUGCUGGCUUUCCAUAGUUGCGAUUGAUGGGAUCAAUCGCAACUCUCUGUAAGACGGGCCCCUGGUGUGCUUCUUGUAAUAGAAAGUGAUUAUUAACUUUGCCACAAUUACAAUUGAACUGUGAACUGCAAGCUGCACUGGUAUUUGCAAUCAAUUUGAAUUGAAUUAAUUGCUACAUCCCUUUGUCUUGACUUCUAUACUUUACAAUUCACUGUCCCUGUUUUCGCAUUCAUGUAUCAUGUUUUCAAUAUUUAUGAAUUGGUAAUAGAUGGAAUUCACUUUCUUGUAGAUAGAAUAGGACCACUUUAUAUCUUGGUGAUCUUCUUUUAAUUUAUGUUUAUCCUGUAACCCCGGGGGGGGCACUCGACCAAAAAAGUGGUAGGGGUGUGCCGCGGGCGAGACAAAAAACGGGGGCCUUGGAGCGGGCGAAUUGUAAAAAGGAGGGUCCUCGGAACGGGCUUCGGAACUACAAAUGUUUGUGAAAACGGGGGUCCUUGGAACGGGUCGCCUGCGUGCGAGUGCGUAUGCAUCCCUAUGGAACGUGCAUGCAGCUAGCCCGGCGGCACGACUGACGGGCGCGCUAGCGCAGAGGCGAUGGUCGGACAGCGAGCUGCGGCCGCUUUUCACCAAAAUUGCGACCGGAACGGCGUACCGGAAAAUAUGCGAAGCCCUGGAGCGGAUUUGUUUUCUUCUUUUUUCUCGAGAAGAAGAAAAUGCUAUGCUUUGGAGCGGCUUUCUUUGUUCUUUUUCUCAAUAAGACAAAAAUGCUAUGCCUCGGAACGGAAAUUUGAGUGUAAAAAUGGGGGUCCCCUCCGCGGCACAUACCCACUAUGCAUUAUAUACUGAGUGCCCCCCCCCCCCCCCCCCCCCCCCGGGCCUGUAACCUUUCCACCAUCGGCUCAAGAACGUGAAAAUAUAAGUAUUAGUUAAUAAUCACAAUUAAGGCUGUGAGUAAAGAAUAUUAGGCAACUUUCAAUUUUGCCUUUAAAAUCAUAUCUUUAUGAUAUGAUUGAAAUGCAUACUUUCUUUUCACUUGCCAAGAUUGUCAACAUUGAAAGUCUUUAGCCCGUUGCAGAAAGAGAUUCAAUCAAAAGUCUUUAGCCUGUUGCAGAAAGAGAUUUAGUCAAAUGCAACUCUAAAAAAUCACACACAACUUGGUCUUCAUCCAUUUAAAUGCAUGUAUGAGGAACUGGUGCUUGAUCUUUUUUUAUUUGUGUUCAAACCUUUUUUGUGCAACAGGGCCCCAACCUGAUGGAGCAAUACCUUCAUACUUGCUGUAAUGUACUGGUUCAAUAACAUAUAUUUCAUACAUGCUAAAUGUUCUGACAACCUGAGGGUUGGUAAGAAGCCAGCCUAAUAUAGCAGCAAGUACUUUAUGCAAACUGUAUUCUUGAUACAGUUUGUGAGUAGUUCUGAUGGUUGGAUAAUUCAUCACAAGUCUAGAAAGGAAAAGUUCAUAUUCCGUCAACUAUGUAAGCUUAGUAAAAACCUGUGUUAUUGUAUUUUUUUUUUGUCGCAUGAAAAAAGGUUUAGGAUUCGAAAUCAUUCCUUUGUUUAAAAGUACAAAGAGUGUUGCUUCUUUCAAACCGAAGUAGAAAUAUGUUCCCUUACAAAAUAUUUUGGGGCAAAGAAAUUCGAAAAUUCCCUUUGAAGGGCUCAUUUUGGCUGAUUUUCCUACUCUUCAAUCAUCCCUAAGUGGUAUUCAUAAUAAUGAGAAGCAGACAUGCCUGCUGAAGCAGUGAUCACACAUUGCUGAAUCAAAUGGUGGCUGGGCUUUUCCAGAGACUGUUAACUCCAUACUCUGAUCCUAAUCCUCUGAAAUAAAGUUAGAAAACCUCUUCUUUUCACUAAAAGUGAUCAUGAGUUGAUAGUGAAGUUUAUUCUGUACUUCAUAAGAUUUGUGUGUGUGUGGAUGGAAGAUACCUCUUUUGUGGUAAAUGCAUUUAAUGUUUAAAAAAAAAAUCAUGAUGAUAGUUAGAAAAUGUGUUUGAUACAAUCAUACAUUUUCUUGGUUGAAAUCUGAUCAAUUUUUACAUAUAAACAGAACAUGCAUUAUUAUUUUUGUUUUUGCCUUCAUAAGGUCUUGAGAUAUUUUUGGCAUAUACCGGUAGGUACUAUGUUCAGUAUAGUCACACUAUGAUAUAGGCUCUGUCCUUUUUUCUAAUGUGCAAGAAAAUAUUUGUUCAUGUUUUCUUAUGUCAAAUGCUUCUAAGUAGUAAUUUCAUUUAUUAGUGAUUAAAUGUUUGUAUUUCAUUCUGUAGAUCAUAUGAUACAGAUAAGUAUGAAGUAUAUUUAGCUACUCAGACUUUUUUCAGUCUAUAAAUUCUCCAAUCAUAAAGAUAUUUAGUAAGUGUGUAAGCUGAAUGGUCCUAUCUGCUGUCCAUGUAGGCAUAUGGGCUAUUCCACGGUUACUCACGUUACAUUUGGAGACACCUUGACUCAUACUGGGAGCUGUAACUCCAUUAUUAUUGAUAGGAACUAAACAUCUCUUUAUCACAACAUAGUACGCAGUCUGUCUAUCUUUUGUAUAAAAACAAAACUUGGGAAAUUUCAUUAUGCUCCUGGCAAAUCUUUGAAAUGUGUCGGUUACUCAUGUUACAUGAUUUGGACAUGCAUAAAAUGAAAAGUGGACAUAAGUGAAAAGUGUCCUCAUGCAAGGCUUUUAUGACAGUUGAUUAUAUCCAUUUCAAAGAAGUAUAUUAGGGAGACAAAUUUGUAUAUAAUUAAAAAAAUAAAGAACACAUGGUUUUUACAAGGGCUGCAGAUAAAGUGGUUACUCACGUUACGGUUCAGAUGGGCUAUAUGUACAAAGACACAUUGAGCUCAUGUCCACCAACCUAUAGAAUUGCCCAUAUGUGAUAUGAAAAUGAAUGCCUGACAUUAGGCACUCCAAAAAUAAAAAUAUGUUAGCAACGUGAAAGUCAGAUCUGCCCCCCCCCCCCUUGAAUGUUACAUUUUCUUAGCAAGUUCCAGUCUGUUACAUUAUGCAAUAGCAAACAUUCCCAUUGGACUCGAUGCAAGUACUAUCAUGAUUGUAUUCAAUGGGUUAUAGUAUGUUUGUAUUCUGUUAUUAUCUUAAUAUCAGCAUUAUUUGUUUUAUAUUCCUAACAAUGUUUAUCCAUCUGAACAAAAUACACAGUCCAAACUGAAAGUGAACUCUAAGCAAUCAUUGUAUGUGUGUAUAAGAUUUGAUACACUAUUUUUCAAUAUUAUCCUUAUAUCUAUUACUACUGGAUUUGAAUUAUCCCUUUACACAGUAUUACCAUUUAAGUGUACUAGUCUUCGGAUUAACAACUAUUUGUUAUCAAACAUACAUAUAUGCAGUGGGGCUUAUAAAAUUCCCGAGGAGUUAUUAAAAUAGCUUGUAGAAUCUGAUGUGAUAUUACUUUUAGUCAACACUUUAUAUAUGAAGCAGUCCUGAAACGGUUGUUGACAAUGAGUCUCCUCUUUGCAGAUGGUAGUUGGAAUAACUAGUAUCUGACACUCCUGCAUAGCAGUCUUCUUUAUUCUAUUGCCUUAUUUUGUCUUUAUUUUGUAGUGUCUUCUGGUAAAAGUUUAAUUGAUGCAUUUGCUUUGAUCCAAAUUAGAUUAUAAAUAGAAGUCUACCUUAUUGUACUUCAAAUAAAUGUACAAUUUUGGAAUAACAAA